AUGGAUACUACAACUACUUCUCCAUCAACAACCACUGUCGUUACUUCCGUUUCGCCCACUGCUGCCACGCCACAUACUACCAACGAUCACUCAUGUCCAUGUCGGCAAGUCAUCCCUUCAACCCAAUCUACUUCUUGCAAAUUGUGCCAACGUACAUUGUUUGAACCCGAUCAACAACACACCAUUCAACUCGAACAAAAAGUGGCAGCCCAAGCACAAGAGAUCGCUCGUCUCGAAACAGCCCUUCGCGAGAAAAAUGAGGCCUUCGAACGCCUUCAGUUGGACAUGCACACACUGAAUCAGAAAUACGUUGCUGAAAUCGAUCGUGUAGCUGACGUUCAGCACGAAAAAGAUUUGGUCGAGCACGAAUUGGAAGAACUCAGUUGUCGCUUGUUCGAGGAAGCAAACGGCAUGGUGGCUACCGAGAAAAGAGAAAAGUGGCAGCUCGAAAAUCAACUGCAACAGACGCGCGAGCAUCUCGUGGCCGAGCAAAGUCAACUAAGGGAAUUACCCAGCGCCAAUCAGACGCUCCUUUACCGCAAACCACAGUCUCUCAAAGAUCAGCACACUUUGGCUGGAGGACAACGAGUCGCCUCCAUGCCUCCUCUUCCAUCUCAACCGAAACAAUGGAAAUCAACCACCAUUGAUGAACUCCAACUCGAAGCGUUUCGCCAAUUUGUUCAAUCCUCGCGCACUACCCCGCUGAAGAAAUUAUACCAAUUUGCUUAUAUGAAACAUUGCCAAAUCGAGGAUAUUGAACCGUGCUUACGUUUCGGACCUCAUUCUCGGUUGUCGGUGAAGAAAAUGAUGGAUUACCUGUCUCGUCAGCCUUGCUUUAUAGAACAAGUGUCCGAACCGCUUCCUCCUACCACCCAUCCACCUAACCCUUCCUCAGCAGCGCAACGACCCUUGUGGGAACGGUUUUCCAAUAACACGAAACCCACUUCCGGAUGUUCAGCUUGCGGUCGACCGGCGAAUUCAGAACACCAUCCUUUAAUUUAUCGAUUUAAAUUGGACGACAUGGACGAUUGGUCCCCCAUUGAUCAAUACUGUCGAGAUCGACUUGUGGCGGUUUGCGAAUUCUUUGUUUUCAUUCGGAAUAUCCAGCUCGGCCUUUACUCGGAUCGGCCCAUUGACGAUCUUUAUGCAGAGAAUAUUCGUUUAAGGUUACAGAUGUUUUAUUCUCGGUACGUGUUGUGCAUUCUUUUCCUUUUCCGAGUCCCAUGA